CAACUUCCGAUGAUAUAUUCGGAAAACUACGGGCACGCUCUCCCGGCCCCGCUUUCCGUCUCCCUCACCCGUCGGGUGUGACGUUCAGAAUUCAGAGUCAGACGCGUCUGGCGAAGGUCACACGUUGCACGCGACGGUUGGAUUGAUUCAAUAGCAUAGUGACGGCGGACGGCGCGGAUGCCACAGUGAAAAAAUGUGUUCUGCAAUUUUGAAUAAGGAAAAGGACGAAAUGCUAAUUGAGUUUGUCAAAUGCAAUCCUGUACUAUACGAUGCCUCACAUAGUGAUUAUAAGAGUUACGUACUCAAGCAUAAGGUGUGGGAGAAUAUAAGCAAAAGCUUAGAAAUUCCAGAUGUGAAGAAACGCUGGAAACAUCUGAGGGACCAUUACAUGAAGAAAAAGAAAGCUACUAGUGGUACGGGCUUAAAUCAUUGGGAAUACAUGUCAAAAUUGACAUUUCUGAGCCAAGCUCCGUCACAGAGACUUAAUCUGACAAAUGCCGAAAAUUCUGAGGUAACAGAGACUCAGGAAGCAAUAGACGACACUCAGGAUAAUUCACUUACUCAAGAAGGUGACCUUGCAGUCCAGAAUACUGUCUUAAAUGACGUCGAUAGUGAUGCAACAUCUGGUACUUCAAACGUUAGCGUAGUACCUGUCACUCCUUCAUUGAGUAGAAAAAGAAAGAAAUCUAAUGUAAAUUCUUCGGCCGCAAUUUUAGAGAGAAGACAGGAAGAUAGAUCUCUUGUUCUUGCGAAACUAUUGUCGCAACAAACGAAAUCGCCAAUUUACAAAUUUUUCGACGCCAUGGCUGAUAUUGUGUCAGAAUUUCCACCACAUCUAAUAGCGGAAGCAAGACACAAAGUAUUUGAAGCGGUACAUGAAAUAGAAAUGAAAAUGUACUAUGAGCAAUCUACACCAUAUCCAGUUGUAAUUCAGAAAUGAUAAAUUGAAAUUCAGAUUAAUCAAGUUUAUUUCAGAAACCGUCAAUUGUAUUUCAGAUGAGUCUAUUUAAUUUC